AUGGCCCUGCGGAUCGUACUGCUCCUGUGGGUGGGGAGCGCCGGCUCCCCAAUGACAACCAGUUCCCGCGCCCCGAAUGCAGCAUCUCCGAGCGUCAAGGCUCCCACAGAGACCAACAGGAGCCCGGAUCUGCCCCCUGGGGGCAUCAGGGCAGCCGGCGCUUUGCCCGUCUCCACCGACCCCUCCCCGGUGACGGCGCUCCUGGGCUCCGACGUGCUCCUGACGUGCAGCUUCCCCCCAGCCCCGUGCGGGGCGGGCGAGGGGGACGGGCAGCUGUGGGUGACCUGGUACUUCCAGGGCCAGGCGCUGAUGGAGCUGGACGGCAUCGCGGUCACCACGAGGAAGGGGGCAGAGCUCUUUGCCUCGGAGCUGCCCAGGGGCAACGCUUCGCUCCUCCUGCCCCGCGUCACGCUGGCCGAGCAGGGGCCCUACCGCUGCUCCGUGCACUACGGGGGGCAGCGCGGAGAGGGCAGCGUCCGCUUACGGGUGGCAGCGCUGCCGCGGGUCGAGGUACCCAGCCCCAUGGUGCGGAGGGAGGAGGACAGCGCCCUGGUGUGCUGCGUGCGGGGGUUUUACCCCCAGGACGUCGCAGUGUCCUGGCUCCGGGACGGGCGGGAGCUAAACGCCUCCUUCGUCUCUGCCGUGCGCCGGGGGCACCAGGACGAGACCUUCAGCCUGGUGAGCGUCUACAGCUUCACCCCCACGGAGCAGGAUCUGGGGGCGCUCUUCUCCUGCCGGGCACGGCACCCCGUGCUGAACCAGUCCCGCCAGGCCGACUUCCGGAUCACCUUCUGGGGGGCUGGCCAGGGAACCCAGGCCUGCUCAGGGCCCCAUGCACCCUACAGGCGCUGGCAGGGGAACCCAGGCCUGCUCAGGGCCCCACAGUGCCCAGUAACCCCCCAAAACACAAACCAACCUCUGCCCUCCUGGGGCUGGACCUUCCCCCACAGCCUGUUCCUCCAUUGGACCCUCCCUCCCUGGAGGGCCAGAUCCUGCCUUUACCUCCCCACUGGGGCUUAUUCCCCCGGCGGCUGCUCCGUGGGCCUCCUGGCCUCUUAUCGACUUCGCUCCUCGGGAGAGGAGCCCAGAGCCGCCCCCAAACUCUCGAAUCCCAGACAAGGGCAGGGUGCCUCCCGCAGCCCCUUCUGCUCCACACUUCCUGCCUCCAUAGGACCCGGCCCCUCUCCCCUCGAACUCAGCUUCAGCUGGGCCAGCCCUCCGCCAGGUGCAGCCAGGGCCGGAGGAGCAGCGCGGCCUCCUGGAGCCGGGGCUGAGGAUCCUGCUGUGGACGCUGCGAGGGGCUCUCCUGCUGGCCAUGGCGCUGGGGGGCUGGAGCUGUUACUGCUCUGGGAGGAGGCGUGGGCAGGUGCGGGAGUGGAUCUGGACCCCCCGACGCUGGAGAUCAGCGUGGGGCGCAGCCAGAGGACGCGGCAGAGGGACUGGCGGGGCCGUCCCUGCUGCGCGGCUAGAGAAGGGGAUCCCAGUGAGCACGGCCCAUGGAGCUGCCUGUGCAUCGCGCCUCGCUCUCACCGGGGGCCCCCGGCCGAACUGCUGAUGGGUCCAUCCCUGCGUCUGUCAGUCCUGCCUCCCCAGCGAGGUCUCAGCAGCAUCCCCGCUCCCCAAGAUCUGGGUGUCAAUAAAAGCUGCCCAUCCCCCUUCCUGUGCGGCAGACACAAGACGCCCCUGUAUCUCCCUCUGGCGCUUUCAUGCAAACCCUCAGAUUCAGCCCCACAGGGCCUUGCUCCGGCCCCUCACUCCUGAGUGUGGCUGGAAUGUGGUUCCCCCCUCACUCUGGCCCCACACAAAUGGCUGGCCAGUGCCCAGACCAGAGCAAUAAACUGUCUCUCUGGACUCCGUG